GAUAUGUUUUUUUUUUUUUUAACCACAAACCAGACAUCUUCAUUAUUGAACCAAAAAAAAAAAAAAAACAGACACCUUCAUUUCUGUUAGUUAGCAGCCAUGGCGAAGGACACUGAAACCAGACACAACUGAACUUCGACAACAAUUCAUCCUAAGAAAAAAAACACAUUUUAAAAAAAACCCUAUCAUGCAAUCUUAUCUUGCUCCUAGCUCUUUCACUUUCCCUUCAUUUCCUUCACAAAAACCCAUUAAUAAAACUAUCCCGUUUCAAUCUUUCACAAUCAAAUCCUCCAUUGAUAAGACUCCCACCACUAAACCCAAACCAACAACCCCAUCAAAAACAACAUCUUGGGUUAGUCCCAAUUGGCUCACUUCAUUGACUAAGUCCUUAACAUUGAGCUCCAAAGAUGAUUCGGGUAUACCCAUAGCUAGUGCUCAAUUAGAGGAUGUCUCUGAACUUCUUGGUGGUGCUUUGUUCUUGCCUUUGUUUAAGUGGAUGAAUGAGUAUGGGCCUAUAUAUCGGUUAGCUGCUGGUCCUAGGAACUUUGUGGUGGUUAGUAACCCCGCCAUUGCUAAGCAUGUGUUGAGAAACUAUGGUAAAUAUGCUAAAGGACUUGUCUCUGAGGUCUCUGAGUUUCUUUUCGGGUCGGGUUUCGCCAUUGCUGAAGGUUCUCUUUGGACGGUGAGACGGAGGGCUGUAGUUCCAUCUCUUCACAAGAAGUAUUUGUCUGUUAUGGUUGAUCGGGUAUUUUGCAAAUGUGCCGAGAGAUUGGUAGAGAAGCUGCAACCUUUUGCAUUAGAUGGCACCGCCGUGAACAUGGAAGAAAAGUUUUCUCAACUGACUCUUGAUGUUAUCGGUCUCUCGGUAUUUAAUUAUAACUUCGAUUCGUUGACAACCGAUAGCCCUGUCAUUGAUGCAGUUUAUACUGCUUUGAAAGAAGCAGAGUUACGGUCCACGGACAUUUUACCCUAUUGGAAGAUUAGUGCUUUGUGCAAGAUAGUUCCGAGACAAAUAAAGGCCGAAAAAGCAGUUACAGUCAUUCGGAAAGCCGUUGAAGAACUUAUUGUAAAGUGCAAAGAGAUUGUUGAAAAAGAAGGUGAAAGGAUCAACGAGGAGGAAUAUGUAAAUGAUGCUGAUCCAAGUAUCCUUCGAUUCUUGCUUGCAAGCAGGGAAGAGGUUUCAAGCUUGCAGUUACGAGAUGACCUUUUAUCAAUGUUAGUUGCAGGUCAUGAGACUACUGGUUCGGUAUUGACAUGGACGUUGUAUCUUCUAAGCAAGGAUCCCUCGGCAUUGCUAAAAGCACAACAAGAAGUCGACAGAGUCUUAGAGGGACGGAACCCUACCUAUGAAGACAUAAAGGAUCUCAAGUUCCUAACUCGAUGCAUAACUGAGUCAUUGCGUCUAUAUCCACAUCCUCCUGUCUUGAUAAGGAGAGCUCAAGUUGAUGAUGUUCUUCCCGGAGACUAUAAAGUUAAGGCUGGUCAAGACAUAAUGAUUUCAGUAUAUAAUAUACAUCAUUCCUCACAGGUCUGGGAAAGAGCUGAAGAGUUUGUGCCCGAGAGGUUCGACUUGGAAAGCUCAGUCCCUAACGAAUCAAAUACAGAUUACAGGUUCAUUCCGUUCAGCGGGGGUCCUCGUAAAUGUGUUGGUGAUCAAUUUGCUUUACUAGAGGCCAUUGUUGCACUUGCAAUUUUCCUUCAACGCUUGAAUUUUGAGCUGGUUCCGGAUCAAAACAUUAGUAUGACCACUGGAGCUACGAUACAUACAACAAACGGUUUGUACAUGAAGCUCAGCCAACGCAUGCCCGAUAUUGGUUCGUCAACUUCCAAGUAAAUCGAAAAUUAUUUACCGUAUCAAAUCGUUUCAUGUUUAUAGUCAUAACUCAUAAUGCACCGUAUUUGAACGCUGAACCAUAACGAGUUUUUGCCAUUUACGGUCUCAUGAAUUACAUAGGCAAUAGGCGGAAGAGUAGGCCAUGUUCUUGUUUUCUUUUCGCAGUUGAUACACUUUGAUGUAUUACUAAUUCAAAUUUGUGUAACGGGUCUAGACUUUAGUAUUUUGGCUGUUAAGGGAAUGGACUCUGACAUUUGCAGCUGGAUAUAGAA